CUACUCAUACGCUUUUCUCUCCUCUCCCACUCUCAUAUUCUCUCUCUUUUUUUCCCUCUCUGCAGCUGCCGCCGCCGACGUCUCCUCCUCCUCACCACUACUUCUCUUUCUUCUCCUUUUAUGCACUUCCUCCAUCUAUGAACUCUCCUUUAAUUGAGUUCUGCUAGGUUUAAUUCCUUCUCUUCGAUUCAGCUACAGAAAAAUGGUGAAUAAAGUCACGAGGAAGAAGCAUUACAGGCCGCCGGGGCAGAAGAAGGAAGGUAACGCAGCGAGAUAUGUGACCAGGUCGCAGGCUGUCAAGCAGUUGCAAAUUGGUUUGCCGCUUUUCAGGAAAUUAUGCAUUUACAAGGGAAUAUUUCCUCGAGAGCCAAAAAAGAAAGUUAAAGGAAAUCACCACACUUACUACCAUUUGAAGGACAUUGCUUUUCUUCAUCACGAGCCACUUUUGGAGAAAUGUAGAGAGAUUAGGGCGUAUGAAAAGAAGAUAAAAAAAGCUGAUGCAAAGAAGAAUAAAGAGCGUGCAAACUUUCUAAUAGAACGCAAGCCUACAUAUCUAUCCGGAUUACUCAGAAUAAUAAAGGAGAGGUACCCAAAAUUCAUUGAUGUACUAAGAGAUCUAGAUGAUUGUCUCUCACUGGUACAUCUAUUUGCGGCAUUACCUGCUCAAGAGAGGUUAAAGGUUGAGGCAAAGCGCAUUCAUGAAUGUCGGAGGUUGAGUCAUGAAUGGCAAGCAUUUAUUUCUCGAACUCAUAAACUACGAAAAGUAUUUAUAUCUGUGAAAGGUAUCUACUAUCAGGCUGAGGUAGAAGGUCAAAAGAUUACAUGGCUCGCCCCGCAUUCACUGCAUCAGAUAUUGACUGAUGAUGUCGACUUAACUGUUAUUCUUAACUUCAUGGAUUUUUAUGAGAAACUUCUUGCCCAUGUGAACAAACACUUAUUUAACUCAAUUAAUUUGGAGUACCCUCCGAUUCUGGACCCUCGUUUAGAGGCUUUGGCAGCAGAAUUUUAUGCUUUGUUAAGAUUCUUCGAUGCCAACACCAAAACUUCCUUAGUAAACCCUAAUUCACCAUUUGGAAAAGUAGAUGCCGAAGACUCUGAGCUUAGACUUGCGCAGCUUCAACACCAGCUUCCCUUAAAUGAGCCAACAGCGUUGAUGCAUCUUGUUGAAGAUGCAGCUGGUAUGGAUGAGGACGAGGAUGAAGAUACUCGAGAAUGCAAGAAACUUUUUAAGAAUAUGAAGUUCUUCUUGAGCCGGGAGGUUCAUAGAGAAUCACUGCUUUUCAUCAUUCCUGCAUUUGGUGGCAUGGUUUCGUGGGAAGGAGAUGGAGCACCAUUUAGGGAAUCUGAAAAAACCAUUACCCAUCAGAUUGUUGACCGGUCAACACAGACUCACAAGUUCCUCUCCAGAGACUAUGUUCAGCCACAAUGGGUUUUUGAUUGUGUGAAUAAUCGGAUGAUCUUACCGACUGAGGAUUAUUUGGUGGGAAGGGAUCCUCCUCCACACUUGUCACCUUUUGUUGACAAUGAUGCAGAAGGAUACGUUCCUGAUUAUGCUGUGACCCUUAACAAGUUGAAGGCGGAUGCCAAAAAUGAAGUCUUGCCAUUGCCGGGAGUAGGGAAAGAAGAUUUGGAUGAUCCUCAGAAAUUAUUGGAUGCAGGUGUCAUUGAUCGAGCCAAGGCUAUCGAAGCUGCUGAGAUGAAACAAAAGAUGAUGGCUCUUGAGAAAGAGUAUCAUGAUGAGUUGAAAUUGGAGCUUCAAGGAGGAAAGUAUCCUUCAGCUAUUUCAAAGCUUGAUAAGCAGUUGCCUGAUCAGGAGAAUGAGGGUGGUGAGGACACCAACCUCCCUGAUUAUCAACAAAUGGCCGAAGAUACUGAUAACUUGUCGAAGGUUAUGAUGUCUCGGAAGAAGAAAAAUCUUUAUGAAGCUAUGCAGAUUGGUAAAAGAACGAAGAAGGGGAAAAUUGAUCUUCUGCAUGAAAGGAAGAAAAAGCAUAAAGAAUCUCACAAAUCGCAGUAAGUCAUUGGCAACCACAAUUUUGUCCUUAAUCAUUUGUAAUAUUAUAUUUUAGAUGGUUGAUUAGGUUGUUCAAAGGAAUCGUACUUUGUUGUUUAUGUCUCUCUUGAAGGUUCCUAAACUUUAUGUUUCUGUUUUUAUAGAAUUUUUAACACCAAUUUACUACUUUAUACUUUUAGAA